AUGCCAGCCGACGCUCCGCCAAUAAUCCCAUACAUCCACCUCUUGUGCAUGGAGGAGCGAUGUAGCGAAGCGUUCACAAAGGCCGCCAAGUCGUAUCAACUGCCUGCAUCGGUCCAAUUCGAGCUUCACGGCGCCGCUCUCCAGUUCGUCCCAGAUACGGCCGAGUUCGACCUGGUCGUGUCUCCGGCAAACUCGUACGGACGCUUAGACGGCGGGUUCGACGAUGCCAUUUCCCGCGCAUUCUCCCCGCGAGGCGACUAUCUCGCCCUCACCAACGUCGCUCAAGCAACGCUAUACGAUGAGUGGUGUGGCUUCGCGCCGCCCGGGAGCUGCACCUUGGUCCGCAUUUCGGACGAGUUUCUACCCAGAUCCAAGAACGUCUGGGGCACGAGGUAUAUCGCUCUGUGCCCAACCAUGAGAAUGCCGCAGGAAGUAGAGUGGGACAGGGAAGUUGUAUACGAGAGUAUCUGGAGCCUCUUGGUGACCAUCGACAAGCACAAUCGGGCGGUGGAUCAAGGAAAGGGGAGUCCGGGGGAUAGAAUCUCCAGGAUCCUGAUGACGCCGCUGGCAACUGGGAUGGGGCGAGUGAGCCCUGAGAGAUGGGCGCAUCAGAUGUUGUUGGCCAUGAAGCACUUUGUUGAUGCGAAGCGGCAUCCGGACAAAUGGAGCAAGCUGAAGACUGUCGAGACUUUUGAGUAUGCCAAUGAAGUCGCUGAUACUUGGACCAUGUGA